GGACUUUUUUACAUGUGGAAAAGGGAUAACUUGCGCUCGUCUGCCCCUCUCCCUAUCCCUCUCUCUCUCUCCCUGUGUGUCUCUGCCCGGAGUGUUUUUUUUUUAGUGGAAAGACACCUGUACGCUCUGACUUAGUGUUACUUCACACUGCAUCGAGUAUUAAAGCUGUAGCCUGCAGUUAUUUCGCUGGAGUGUCCAUAAGUUGUAAUCAUGUUAGGCAGCGGCAAGUCACCGGCCACCAGUCCCAGACACCAGAAGGGGACAGUGGCCGAGAAGGCGAUGGAUCCCAUCAGGAGGCUCGGGCUGCUGGACAAUGAGGACAUACGUGUGAUGAUGCAGGGCUCCAACAUGGUGAAAAUUCGCUCUUCGAGGUGGCAGAAGAGCCGAACCCUGCGGUUAAUGGAGGACGGACUUACCGUGUGGUGCGAGUCCACUAAAAGCUCCCGAAAGGCCAAAGCCCAGCAGACAUUCGCAGUGACGGAAGUGGAGUGCGUGCGCGAAGGCUGUCAGUCUGAAGCACUGAGGCGGCUGUCCGGGUCGGUGCCUGAGAAACAGUGCUUCACGGUGGUCUUCAGGGGAGCCAGGAAGAGCCUGGACCUGCUGUGCCCCUCUGAGGAUGUAGGCCGGUGCUGGGUGCGAGGGCUCCGCACUUUGAAGGAGCGUGUGGCCAACAUGACUCAGAAAGAAAAACUGGACCAUUGGAUCCGUAGCUACCUGCGGCGAGCAGAUCAGAACCAGGACGGCAAGAUGAGCUACGAUGAAGUCAAACGGCUGUUACAGAUGAUCAACGUUGACCUGAGUGAGCAUUAUGCCCGCUCCUUAUUCAAGAGGUGUGACCGAUCCGGUGAUGGCCGUCUGGAUCACAUAGAGAUUGAGGAGUUCUGCAGAGAGCUGAUGCGACGGCCCGAGCUGGAUGCCGUGUUCAGACACUAUUCAAGUAAUGGUUGUGUGCUCUCCACUGCUGAGCUCCGCGACUUCUUGGGAGACCAGGGCGAGGACGCCUCGUUGAAUCAUGCACAGAGCCUCAUACUCACCUAUGAGCUCAAUGACUGGGCUCAGAAGAACCUUUUCAUGACCCAGAAUGGUUUCACUAUGUACAUGCUGUCCCUGGAGAAUGAUCUGCUAAACCCUAGCCAUACCAGAGUCUACCAGGACAUGACCUACCCCUUGGCUCACUACUUCAUCUCAUCCUCGCACAAUACCUAUCUAACCAAGGACCAAGUCACCAGCGCCAGCAGCACCGAGCCAUACAUCAGGGCUCUGAAUCAGGGCUGUCGCUGUGUGGAGCUGGACUGCUGGGAUGGAGAUAAAGGUGAACCUGUCAUAUACCACGGCCACACUCUCACCUCCAAAGUGCCGUUCAAGGAAGUAAUUGAAACCAUCGCCCAGUACGCCUUCAAGGCAUCGCCAUACCCUCUAAUCCUGUCCUUGGAGAAUCAUUGUUCUGUAGAGCAGCAGGCUGUCAUGGCCAAACACCUCCGCACUAUCCUGGGAAGCAAACUGCUCACCAAACCUCUUAGUGGCCAACCACAGAAGGAUCUGCCUUCUCCUGAGGAGCUAAAGGGGCGUAUUCUAGUAAAAGGAAAGAAACAUAUUCCUCACCUGGGCCAGCUGGGAAAGACCAGCAGCUUCUCUUCAAGCUCAGAUGACGAACUAGCAAGCAGCAACAAGAACACACCCAAGAAGCUCCCUGCAAAGGUCUCUUGUAAAGUGAGCCCAGAGCUAUCAGAUCUGGUGGUGUACUGUCGGAGCGUCCCCUUCUGCGGAUUUGAAAACACAUCUCAAAAAGUACCAAAUGAAAUGUCCUCCUUCUCUGAAAGUGAAGCCCUCCGGCUCAUCAAAGACUCUGGAAAGCUUUUUGUAAGACACAACAGCAGGCAGCUGAGCCGGAUCUACCCCUCUGGCCAGCGCCUCCAAUCAUCCAACUAUGAUCCUCAGGAAAUGUGGAAUGGUGGCUGCCAGAUGGUGGCUCUGAACUUUCAGACGUCCGGGGAGCAGAUGGACCUCAACCAGGGUCGCUUCCUACCCAACAGCCGCUGUGGAUACGUACUGAAACCUAGUUUCCUGCGCAGUCUCACAUCCAACUUUAACCCAGAGAACACGGGAGGAGGCCCCGGUCAUGUUCCCACCCAGCUGACAAUAAAAAUCAUUUCUGCACAGCAGCUACCAAAACUCAACACAGACAAGGCUAGCUCCAUCGUGGACCCACAGGUGUGGGUGGAAAUUCAUGGGGUGGCUAUUGAUAAUGCAAAAGGCAAAACCCACCGCAUUGACAACAAUGGUUUCAACCCACAGUGGAACUGCACUCUGAGCUUCCAGCUGCAGGUCCCUGAACUGGCCUUGGUGCGGUUUUUAGUGGAGGACCACGAUCACACUUCGAAAAAUGCCUUUGUGGGACAGUUUACUUUACCUUUCACAAGCCUACUCACAGGUUAUCGACAUGUUCACUUACUGAAGGCAGAUGGUUCCAGUCUGUCCCCUGCCACACUCUUUAUCCAUAUCAAAGUGACCCGCAGAGGAGUCCCCAUCAAAACUGUGUCUGAGCGUACAGCCAUUGCCAAAGGCAAGGCAUGACAUGCAUCUGAACCAGAUGGAGAGCUGCUUUCUUCUACCAACAAAAGGCUUUGGAAAGGGAGCUGUGAAUGUGAGGAGAGAGACUUCUGCUGCUGCUGCCUGCCUGCUGGUCUCCCAGUCCAGACCUCAAUUCGUCCAAUUUACACUGAGCCACUUCCCCAAUGCAAGAUGUCGUUUAUCAGAGAUGAAGAAGCGUGUUGGCUCUCAGCAAAUGAAUUGCCUCAGGCUGGAUAAUGAAUCCAUGAUACACUGUGGGAGUAUCUGGUCUUGUCAGCGCUGAGUGCUCUAGAAACAGCAGCGAGGCACUGAUGACUGUGGUUCAUCAAACACACUGAUAUGUAAUGCUCUACAAAACAGUUCUUAAUGAUAAUUCACAUGUGUAGGAGGUUAUUCCAUAUCUGAGUGAUGUUAUGUUAUCUUAUACUUUUGCAUUUUUUUGUACUUCAGUAUUUUGUUUUAACUUAUAGAAAGAUGGUAGUUUAACUCAAAUGGCACUUUUUUGACUGAGGAUGCCAUGUUAGAUGAAAUCACGACAAGCGGUUUUGUUACAGCUUAAGUUUGAAAACAGUAUAAAUAUUACUGUUGUUAUAAUUAAUUAAUGUUUCAGCACUAACUGUGAUGUAAUACAGAUGUAAUACCAUUUCAGUGAUUACUACGGGAUGUAUUGUUCAUGACGGUUGGACAAAUUCUCAGAGUUUAUUUCAGCUAGUCUUACUUGAAACUCCAGAUACUCUGGCACUUUUAAUGUCUCUUAAGAAAAAGACUUUCUUUUUCGAGAUUUCCACAGUUUAUGAAUGAACUUGAAAUAUAAACAGUAUUAGGUUGCAGAUAGAUCUUAAAAAAGUGUAACUUGCUGUAUUUGCCUUCAUGUCAUUUCACUUAAGCUUAUGAGUUUAUUCAGUUAAAUUGUGUUAUACUUUUGAAGAUAACUUGCAUGUUGGCUGUUUGUUUCUUUUCUAUUGACAAGUCUGUAACAUUUCUUUGUUGUCAGAAUUAAAUUAACCAGUAGGUGUAAAACACUGAUUGCAAUAAUCUAAUCUGUCCACCAAUUAUUGUAGGGUACAGUGGAUCAUUUAAUACUCUUAUAAAGAUGUUCCCUGCUAAUAAAUGGUGCAGUAAUGAAAGGUGCUGCACAUAGAUUACUGUAAUUACAGUGUGAUAAAGAUGAGAUUCUAGCAUGUGGCUAACAAAUGGUGAGUGAAGUAUAACUUUGCAGUGUUAACAUUGUUUUGUGAAUGGCUGUUUGUAUUAUGUAUGCAGGAGAAAAUACUGUUUUCAUAAAAGAACUAAUAACACAUCGCUGUGUGAGGCCUUUUGUUGUUGCCCAUGAAGACAGAGAGGCGUGAUGUCUGUUGGAGAGGUACAGAAAGAUCAAUAUAAAGGCACACAGCCAUGUUGGGUUUACAUUUAACAGUUCUUUAAGCACUAAACUGUUAAACUCACUGCAAGUCUUUAAGCUGCAGGAGAUUUAGAGAUCCAUUGAACUGUACUGUAUGUGGGCGAAGGCCGAGCCAAAAGCACACAGGAGGUUAUUUGUAAUUAAGCAGGGUUUUUCUUAAUUAGUUGGAACUAAUAGCUUUAUUAACUGGUUUUAAAUAAUUGACUAAACUUAUAAGGUUUAUAUUUAUUUAUAAAUUUGGAUUUAUAGCUUGUUAAAAAUCAUACGGUGUGUUUAUCCUUUCUAUUUGGUAAUAAUGGCAUGAAUGUUUUAUAAAUAAAUGUGGGAAGACAAGAAAUGUUCAUGGGUUUAUCAUUUUCUAACAACCAACCAGUUG